AUGGACUUGCUCUGGUAUGUGGUGAUGAUAGCUCAGUGGGAUCACAGAAGGGUGGAAAAACUGAUGGUGGUUGCUUGGGCAUUGUGGUCGAACCGGAAUGAAUGCAGGAAUGGUGGUGCGCAAAAGUCAAGUCAAUCUUUAGUGCAUGAUGCGUUGGAGUAUUUGGGCGCUUACCAGGCUUGUAUACAUGUCACGGACUUGAAGAAGCCAGCUGGGGCAGCAGUGUGGACGCCUCCCUCUCCAGAUUGCUACAAAAUAAAUGUGGAUGGGGCUGUGUUCAAAGAGCAGAAAAUGGCAGGGGUGGGGAUUAUAAUUCGAGAUGAUGCAGGCCAGCUGAUCGGAGCCUAUAGUAAAAAGAUUGAAGCUCCUCUAGGUGCCAUUGAGGUUGAAGCUAAGGCGGUUGAGAUGGGUCUUCAAUUUGCCAAAGACAUGUCUAUCCAGGACUUCACGCUAGAGUCUGAUUCUUUGUCACUGGUUAAUGCUCUCAGGGACUCUUCUCCUCCACCUUUAUCUGUGGCUGCUCUGGUCUAUAGUUCCAUGAGUGUUGCUCAUAGUUUCCGUAGUGUGAAUUUUGCCCAUAUUGGUCGCAAGGGCAAUAGACCAGCACAUUUACUAGCUAGACAUGCUUUAGGCAUUACUGAUUUUUCUGUUUGGGUUGAAGAGAUUCCUUGCUUCCUUGAACAAGCUCUCAACCAGGAUGUAUUGGCCAAUUCUAUUGAUUAA